GUGAAUCUUGUCGUACACCUGGCACCCCUGGUUAUCACUGCUCCCUGAGUCACUCAGUGUUGGUGCCGGUGGUUGACAGAGCGGCUGCUAAUCUCGCUGUCUCUGUUGUUCUCUCCGACACACCCCAGAGCGUCUCAAAAAUGUUUUCCCGAACUAAUAUGCUGCAUGUGUCAUGUCGUAACAUCAAAUUAGCUCUACAAAAUGGAACAUUUUGUACAUCUUGCACAUCCAAUAAAAGUUACCAGGUAGUGGUAGUGGGUGGUGGUGCUGGAGGAUGUGCUUCUGCUGCAAAAUUCUCCUCCAAACUUGGAAAGGGCAAGGUGGCUGUAAUUGAACCCUCAGAUAUACAUUACUACCAGCCCAUGUGGACACUUGUGGGAGGAGGAAUGAAGAAACUAGAAAAUUCAGGAAAACCUAUGAAGAAGGUACUUCCCAAGAAGGCUGAUUGGAUCAAGCAGAGUGUUGUGAGCUUUAACCCAAAGAGCAGUAAGGUAACAACAGAUGAUGGCCAGGAAAUUAGUUAUGAAUAUUUGAUUGUUGCUCUUGGUCUUCAGCUCAACUAUGGCCAGAUAAAAGGACUGCCAGAUGCAUUUGAAACACCAGGUGUGUGUUCCAACUAUUCUCCAAAGUAUGUGAACAAGACCUUACAAAGCCUUGAGAACUUCAAGGCAGGUAAUGCUAUCUUUACCUUUCCUGCAACACCAGUUAAAUGUGCUGGAGCUCCUCAGAAAGCCAUGUACAUAUCAGAAGAAUAUUUUUGCAAGCAUGGCAAGCGGGACAAAGCAAACAUUAUUUACAAUACUUCUCUGCCUGUUAUCUUUGGCAUUAAGAAGUAUGCUGAUGCAUUAUGGAAGGUUGUGAAAGAGAGAGACAUAACAGUGAACCUACGGCAAAAUCUUAUUGAAGUAAAGCCAGAUACCAAGGAAGUAAUCUUUCAGAAUUUGGACAAAGCAGAAGAAUUAACAACUUUCCAGUAUGAAAUGCUUCAUGUGACACCUCCAAUGAGUGCCCCUGAUCCUCUACGCAGAUGUGGUCCUCUGGUAGAUUCUUCUGGUUUUCUCAAUGUUAACAAAGAGACUCUUCAGCAUGUAGAUUUUCCAAACAUAUUUGGCAUUGGAGAUUGCACAAAUGUACCAACCUCCAAAACUGCUGCAGCUGUAGCUGGACAGUGUGGAGUUUUGCGUAAAAACCUGAGUUUGGUAAUGGCUGGUAAAUCUCCCACUCACCAAUAUGAUGGCUACACAUCUUGUCCUUUAGUAACUGGUAAGUACAACAGAUGCAAAUACUUUGGUAGUCUUCUCAACCAAAGGAACCCUAAUGAGCCCAACAUACUAGAUACCAUCCCAGAGCUGCCCUCGGUGGUAGAACUCGAUGCAUCACCUGAGUUCUCCGAGAUCCUUCGGGCUGUCAAGGGCCUCAAAAACAACAAAAGUGUCGGGCCAGACAGCCUGCCUUCAGAAAUCUUUAAUAGUGGAGGCUACCUUCUCCUCCAGCGUCUCCACCUGGUCUACCGAAAGCGUCCCCAAAGAAUGGCAGAACUACAAGAAAAAAAGCUACAAGAAAAAUGCCAUGAACAGAACUGUGACCUCUACAUAGCUUUCAUUUACUUAACAAAAGCUUUAGACACCGUCAAAAGAGAACUUCUUUGGAGUGUUCUCUCUAAGUUUGGUGUCCCUCCAAAAUUUCUUAAAGCCCUCAAGAGCUUCCAUGAGGACAUGCAUACUUGCGGCACCAAUUCCAAACCCUUUAAUGUUGAGGUCGGUGUGAAACAGGGAUCUGGCCAAAAAAUUGAUGUUAUGUUUGAUAACAUAAAAGCCUUUGAAAUCAAACUGAAAAUUUUUAAACGUGAUGUCGACAAUGGCACUUUUAAAUAUUUCCCAAAUCCAAAAAAACACAUGACCGAUCUUGAAAUUCAUAAGAAAACAGACAUUCAGAGCCUUCAAAUGCAAUUUUCGAGCUUCAUUGAUUCAACUACUGUGAGAUUGUGA